AUGGCGACUGGUUUUAUUGAAGUUCAGGCGAGCAAGAUUGAGGUGCCGGGCCCUGUAUCAGCCGACAUGCCUUUCUUGAUGAAGGAUAUGACGCCAGUAAAUGAACAGUUAGGCCUCAAAUAUCGAUAUCUUCACUUGCGAAGAACAGAAUUUCAAAGAAAUUUGCGCUUUCGUUCAAAAUUUCUAUUAAUGCUACGAAAAUACCUUUGUGAGAAAGAAGGUGAUGUCACUGUGCUUUGUUUUGUUGACUUGGAAACACCCUGUCUCUUUAGGCGGACGCCAGGGGGAGCUAAGGAAUUUAUUGUUCCUUCUCAAAUCCGUGGUCAAUUCUAUUCAUUGCCACAAAGCCCUCAACAAUUCAAGCAACUUUUGAUGGUUGGCGGAUUUGAUCGAUACAUGCAAAUAGCUCGCUGUUUUCGGGAUGAGCUGGCACGCCCUGAUCGUCAGCCAGAGUUCACGCAGUUAGACAUAGAGGCGUCAUUCAUUGAAAAAGAUGACAUAUAUAGAAUAAUCGAAUCGACCCUCUCCUACGCAUGGUCUGCUUUGCAAGAAUUUCGACUCGAUAGUUCGCCGCUUGCAAUACCUUUUCGACGAAUGUCCUAUGACGAGGCUAUGCGCCGGUAUGGCACUGACAAACCCGAUACUAGAUUUGAACUCGAACUUUGGGACAUUGAGAGCAGUGCGACCUGUCCUCACAUGGUUUGUCUCACUGUGCCCUCAAUUUAUGUGGAUGAACUCUCAGAAAGCUUUAUCCAGAGAUUGCGCCAGGAAGUAAAGGAAAAAACUGGUCAGGAAAUUUCCGUUUUUCGUCGUAAAGAUUUCGCCUCAAUGUCCGCGCAAUUGCGAGACAGUCUCGCUCCAGUCGAUGAAAAAGAAUUAGUGUUUUUCGUCGAAGGCAACUCCACAAUCGAGCGUAAAACUGUAGGUGCCGCCCGAACUAUCAUUGGCCAUUAUUUGCACUCCAGGGGUCUACCCAUCUACAAACCGGGAUUCUACUUUCUGUGGGUAGAGAACUUUCCUCUGUUUUCCCGAAACGCUGAGGGGAAACUGGAAUCCGAGCACCACCCAUUCACGGCGCCGAUCGACUCAGAAAUCCAGCUUUUGUACUCGUCCCCCGAAAAGGUACACGGACAGCAUUACGACCUUGUCUGUAAUGGCCAGGAAGUUGGAGGCGGGUCCCUGAGAAUCCACAGUCCUGAUAUGCAACGCUACAUUCUAUCCGAAAUCUUGAAAGAAGACGUUGGUCAGCUGCGACAUCUGCUGGAAGCUUUGUCCUCCGGGGCACCGCCACACGGUGGAAUAGCGCUAGGCCUUGACCGCCUCGUCGCGAUCUUCUGCAACUCCGGAUCCGUACGCGAUGUUAUCGCUUUCCCCAAGACGUCUGGCGGCCGAGACUUGCUCUCCGAUUCACCUAACAGCAUCUCGGAAGAGGAACUCGAGCGCUACUUCAUUUCAAUACGCGAGGUUGAUGGGGACCUAAACUCGAGUGGAAAUCAUUGA